CCACAGGGGUUCCCGUGGAGAUGGCAGAGCAGCACAGCACACCGGAGCAGGCUGCGGCCGGCAAGAGCCACGGCGGCCUCGGGGGCGGCUACAAGGUGAUCGUGUACGAAAUGGAGAACUUCCAGGGCAAGCGGUGCGAGCUCACAGCCGAGUGCCCCAACCUGACGGAAAGCCUGCUGGAGAAGGUGGGCUCCAUCCAGGUGGAGUCGGGCCCGUGGCUGGCGUUUGAGCGCAGGGCCUUCCGCGGGGAGCAGUACGUCCUGGAGAAGGGGGACUACCCUCGCUGGGACGCCUGGUCCAACAGUCACCACAGCGACAGCCUCCUGUCCGUCCGACCCCUGCACAUUGAUGGCCCGGAUCACAAACUGCAUCUCUUUGAGAACCCGGCUUUUGGCGGCCGCAAGAUGGAGAUAGUGGACGAUGACGUGCCCAGCCUCUGGGCUCACGGCUUCCAGGACCGCGUGGCGAGCGUCCGGGCCAUCAACGGGACGUGGGUUGGCUACGAGUUCCCGGGCUACCGCGGGCGCCAGUACGUGUUCGAACGGGGCGAGUACCGCCACUGGAACGAGUGGGACGCGAACCAGCCGCAACUGCAGUCCGUGCGCCGCAUCCGCGACCAGAAGUGGCACAAGAGAGGCGUGUUCCUCAGCAGCUGAAGGGCGCCCAGGCCCCAGGGGCCCAGGCCCGCCCCGGGGGGCAGCAAAGGCAAGAAGAGGCGGCUCCAGGGCCGGGGUGAGGGCCUGCCGGGCCACCCUUCCCCCGAAUCUGCUCAAUAAAGCCUGGGGCCGGUCCCCCACCUGC